UCCCGCAUUUUAUUUUCUGCCUUUUUUCUGGGCUGCUUGGUAUGAAUACUUUUCAGUCUCUGAAUCUUUCUCGUGUCGCAAUUCGGAAAUGUCAACACAGAUAACAGAUCGGAAAUCGCAUACAAUACAUGCAUGAUUAAACGCUUGCGCAAUGAGCUCCAUUUUCAAAAAGAAAGGAGGGCCUGCCUUCAAACCUAAGAUCCCCGCCGCUCGACGCCCCGCGGCACCAGCACCCUCACAACCUCCCAAAGCACCACCAGCUGCUUCUCCUCCGCAGAUCUCAAAAGAGUCAAAAGUCCAGAAUGAGUCCCAGAGAUCUUUAGAACCACCGUCACCGAAGGAUCUCGUAAGCGUACCCGUUGAACCGCAAUUUCAAGAUUCUCGUGAACUUGGUCGCCAUCCUCCUACCCCACCAUCGACAAUCCCGGAUCCUCAAAAGCCGGAUGAACAUGCUGCAACUGAAGGGUCUGCCCAGGAAAAGACUCCAGAAAGAACACAAAGUGAACCCGCGAGCCAGAAUACCGAAGUCAACCCUGAAAAAGCCGGUGUGCCUGCUACGGCUAGGAUAACUACAGUACCAGCGGCUGCCCAAACGACAACCCCAAGCGAGCAAGAACAAAGUCAACAGCCUCCGGCACAGUACAGUGAGGUUCAUUCAAGUAGUACAGACGAUGCGCCGUCUCCUGUUUUGCAAACACCAACUCCAGAUGACUCGGAAGGCCCAAGUGGAACUGAACUUUCAAACACACCAUCUCUCCCCGCUGUUGACUUGAAUGAUACACGCGAAGAGACCUCAGGAGAACCGCAUAAUGUACCCAAGUCAACGAGGAGGCCACGAACCAGGAAGCAGAUUGACCAGGCGACCCAGGAUGAGGCUAAAGGAGAGGGAGGCUCGCGACCAAAGAAACGUCAGAGGAAAACCGACGAAGAAAGCGUAGCACCUAAACAGCCCAGAAAACGCAGGACUACCCAGAGCGGUACAAGUACACCUAGAAACAGACGAGCGCGCUCAGUUACACCAGAAGAUUCAGAAUCUCAACUGGUGGACUUACAGAAGCUUAAGAUGGCUGAUCUGACCAAGGAUCUUCACAUCGGAAAGAAAUUCAGCAGGCAUGACGAGUUACGAGAACGAGAGAGACGGGCAAGAAUGAAGAACAAACUCGGAAUUGACGGCGAACGUGAUAGCUCAGCAACCCCCGACGACGGUGGCCAAGGAGAGAAGAUUGGAAGCCCUGUUGCAUCGUCUCCAGCUCCAUCGGUUCCAACUCCAGCUGCACCUUCAGGACCUCAAUUCCGUAUUGUUGAUGGGCAGAUCGUAAUCGACCAAAGCUCGUUGGCUGUGGACAGACAUGCUCGAGCAGCCGCUGCAGCUGGAGAUAUGGAAACAGUCGAAGAAAACGACUUCACUCGCCUCAUCACCAGCAACUCGUUCAUGAACACCUCCAAACUUAAGGGUCCUAAUAUCUGGACCGACGCAGAGACAGAGCUCUUUUAUCGCGGUCUACGCAUGCUCGGUACAGACUUUGAGAUGAUUUCCAAAAUGUUCCCGGGAAAGCAGCGGCGUCAUGUCAAACUCAAAUUCAAUCGUGAGGAGCGUCAUUGUCCACAGCGCGUCAACUCUGCUCUCAUCGGCGAGAAGACGGUAAAGAUAGAUAUCGAAGAAUACAAGGCUUUCACCGGUAGCGAGUUUGAGCCAGUGGCAGACAUCGAGGCCGAGCAGCGCAAGAUCCAGGAAGAAUACGAGGCUGAGGAGAAGCGGCGAGCCGAGGAGCAGGCCGAGAUCAUGCGCAAGAGACGUGAGGAACUGUUCAAGGAUGAUGACGAAGGCGACGCGAAGAAAAAGAAGAAGAAAAAGAAGCAAACAGUAGCCUACGGGUUGAACGGCGAACCCAUUGCUCAAGAGGCUUAAGUUGGGAGAGGACACAAAUCAGGCCGAUAUCAGGAUCAAGGUCACGUCCAAAAUCGGAAAUAUGAUUCGGGCGGCGUAACGGGGACAGGCAUGAUACCCACAGGGUUUUUGGUAUUUGCUCAUGAAUGAAAGAAAGGUUUACAGGAAUUGGCUUCGAGAGCGGUCUCUACAGAAUAAUAGUCCUCCUAGGGUAAGAUACACAAUGUGGAUUUCUAAACCAGCUUAUUAGCAUACAUCAUUGUGAUAUGUUCAGUCCAGUACUGGAAUAAUGCAUUUUUUUUUUAACUCAAUGGAUAUAUCAGGAUUUCUCAACAGCGUGUAGCAAUAUGGUACUGGAAGCUUACGAUAGAUACUAUAAUAACCCCCACAGCAAAACAAGCGAUCGAAGAUGAUAUACUUCUUGUUAAUAUUGCCUCAAAGAUCUAUGUUGGUAAUGAGCGAUCGCUCGGUGAAAAUGAGCCAGAGGAGGG